GGAACCACAGCAUGUCUACGUUUUUUUGUGACUAAGAUUUUAGCCAAGUGUUUAGAAUGAUUUUCUAAUGCCUCGAUACGCAGCGUCGAACUCAAAGCAUUCAGUUUACAUUUUCGGAAUAAGCUAACCAGUUACCCACCUGGAAGUACUUUGUCGUAGGAACAACUUUUUUUCUAAUUCCAAACUGUCGUAUGGAAGGUUUAGGGGUACCUGCAAAAUCAAGGUAGCUACAGUAAUUGCUAACUAACGUUAGCUAGCUGAGCUACUCUAUUUGAUCUGAGCCACUAGUCUAUGACAAACAAUAGGCUACUCCAUGUACAGAUAAUUCAUGUAUUGCAAUCAAUGCGCCCUUGCAAGUGUCAUAUUUGCCGUCAAUAUAGACUUCAAUACAUAGCUAGUUAGCAAGAUGAUUUGGCUACUUGGUGGUACUCACUAUUCGUUUAUGUUAUGUGUCAAGUCUCAUUGGAUCUAACAUUACUGCAGUGAGAUGCAAGUUAAGAUUGUCAGGUAGCCUGAGGCUAGGGUGGACUCCCUUGGUCAGUUGGUAUAGGCCUAACAAUACACUUGGAAUCAACUGUAGUUACACCACUAUCUAAUAUUACAGAACGUAUUUCCUCAGAAUUUUCACUGUUGUAAAAAGGCUUUAUAAAAAUCAAUUUGAUUUAUAUGCUUAAGGAGAUAGGCCUGGACAGCUACUUGGACAUUACUAGGUCUAACCAAACUAUAUUUAAGUUGACCCUGGGUGUCACCCAGAUAGCUAGUUUAGUUGGUGUGAGAUGGAUGUAGAUAUAAAGCCAGAGGAGGAUGAGGUGGAGAUAUCCCCAGCUGUCAUUUUGUCUGACACUUUUGAUGCAAGUUAUUCAUAUGCCGAAAAUGGAUAUGACAUAGCAAAACAACGGCUUAUUUGUAAUCUGUUAGAAGAUACAAAAUCAAGUGAUGGGGAGAUUAAAAUGAAUUCAACAAAAGUUGGUACUCCACUUCAAACAGCAGUAAAUGUGGGUGGUAAAGGUGUUGUUCGUGUUCACACAGAACAGGAUAGACCAAGCACCCCUGUAGGGAAUUUAAUCAAAGAGGAGUCAUGUUUUUACAUGUCACCCAGUGAUAUUCAGAUUGGAAAAGUAUGUACCUUGUCUCGGUCUGUCCUGGUCAGCAACAUUAAACAGGCAAAUGUGAUGCCCUUUGCAGAGGAAGUGGUGAAAAACUGCUACCCCUUGUGCAAAGAAAUAGGUGUGGAAUUUGAUGUGAGAUCCAAACCGGCAUCCAAAACAAAACUUGACUCACAGUUACUGACUAAUGGCGUAAUGUAUGAGGUUCAUAAGUUUGCAAAAAAUACAAAAAGGAGUUAUAUGUAUACCGUCUAUAAUAUUCUGAAAUAUAAUUUUGAUGUACGUUUUCAAAAUCAGAAACGCUGUCAAAAUGCCAUACAUAUUGCAUCUAAACUCAAACGAAUGGCCAAACGGAAACAUGUCGCAGAUAAAGACUUUUCAAAAGAAGUGUUUAUAAUACCGCUUGUGACUAGACAAUACAAGAAAAAAGAGGCUAAUCCACCUGCAAGAUUGUCAAAAAGACAAUUGGAUUUGAAAGGGAUACAAGAGGCAGACGAUACAGAGGAGAAGAUGAACUCCCAGAAGAUGGUUAACAAGACCGGUUUGAAAUAUCUGAUCGCUGAUGCAAGGACUGCAUGGUCUCUGCAUGCUGAAGAGAUCAUCUCUAUCGAAACAGAUGAAACUGUCAAGCUUGGCCAAGAUAAUGGACCCACUGACUUCUGCUUAAAGGAGUCUGACGUUCACUCUGGGGUCACAGAGCAAACCCCAUACCCAGAGAACUACCAAGUUGACAUUUGCAGGAAAAUGAUCAAUGAAAUUGUUACGAGUGGUGAAAUGCAACAGAUGAGAUGGAUUUUUGUAACCUUUUCAAAGUGUUUUGGUGCUGGGACUGGUUCCGAAAAGAAAUUUGAACAAAUCCUCGCUGAAUACAGAUCAGACAUCCUACCACUGAUGGUUGAGAAACAUUGUGGCUUUAGUUCCACUGAAAAGACAAUGAUGUGCCUUGUAAGUCAGCUCUUUUGUGGCUUACAUUUGAUUGAUGGCUUUGCUCACCAGGCAAAAACAACUCUUCUACUUUGGGAAAAUAUGAUUUUAGGAGAUAAAGAAAUAGAAGUCCAUAGCUCCCCUAACAUUAGGACAACGGAGUUGGAGUCUGGAACAGUGCAUUUGGUGAGUUCUGUGAGUAUUGCUGUGCAAGAGCUUGGAUGGGCAGAGGACGGUCAGCUUGUUCCGUUCGAAACCUUUUUGACCAGCAAAAAAGAAUUUGAUGAAGUUCCUUUGUCUCUAUCCAUUGGACAUAGAAUUGAUGGUCUGUUUCAUAAUUCUGCUGGGGUGUAUAGCAUCCAUGAUGAUUUGGUUGAGUUUACCAGUACGUAUGGAGCUGAGAGUAGUUUGCUUGCGGCUGUUGUUGCUGAUUUGGAGGUUCAACAGUUCAAGGCCGGAUGCAGAGCUCUGGGUCUGGUUUCCAAGCUUAUCAUUGAUCCUCUCUGGAGAGCCUUAACUUUGAAGGGAAACGUGUUGGAGAUGGAAGAAAGAUACCAAACCCUUGUUACCAAACUCAAGGAAUGGCAGGAUGAUGGGAGAGGCCUUGUUAAAGGAAAUGCAUGCUUGUUUGAUGACAUUGAGGUACCCAAGAACCUUGUGUUUGAUAGGCUUACCAUGUGGACCGACACAGACUCUUUUGAGUUGACUGUUCAGAUUGUUGAGUUGAUCCUAGCCAGUUUUCUGAAGGUAUGUUCUAUGAUGCGUCCAGUCGAUCCAGAGCUCCCGUCAAAGACAAAUGAUCGAUUCAGAAAGGAUUUGGCAAUAUUACAUCAAUUGCAAAAAGCUAAGUCAAAUGCAGUCAGUAUUGCCAUUGAAGGCAUGGAAAUGUGCAAGAAGAAUCACACUUGGGAAUGGCUGUCCUUUUUGGAUGAACCAAAAAUAGUGUCAAUGAGGAGAACAUUCCAGACAGUGUAGGCAAAGGAAGAAGAAAAGCUCUCUGCCACACCUGCAGAAGAAUGAAAAUUGUAAAGUAAUAGCCAUGAAAGAUAUCUUUUUUUAUUUUAUUUUAUUGGUUUGGUACUCAUCUAUUUACUAGUAAACCACAGUACAGAACCUUUUAAUAGCAUGGCAUCUUUCAAAAAAUGCAUGAAUGUGCUAUUUUUCUAGUGCCUUAGCUUUUGUGUUCAAAUAAACAGCAAUGCAACCUCAGAUGAGUUCAGACAAGUAGAUUAAAAGUAUAAUAUAGUUAGUUACAUUGUAUACCUAUUUUGUACUAUACUGUAUAGCCUAAAUAUGUUCAAACGUGGUGUCAGUAAAUGUUGAAUGUCGAAUAACGCUUAUCAAUUUGGUACCACAUGUGAAUGGUUCCACGUGCUUACCUGUUUUUAUAUUGUUUGAAAUCCAAUGUAGAGGUUUUUCACGAAGUGUGCUGUCAGGAAAGGUGUAGAGGCUUUGUCACAAUAGUUGAAUUUGCAGAUUCCCUUGGCCUUCUAUUCACUUUUGAUGCCUUGUUUAUGAAAAAAAGAACAUGAUCAUUUUGAGAAGAGACCAGUUGUUAUUUUAGUGUUAUUAGCUUAUUUCUGGACCAUUUUUUUUGUUUGACCUUUGAAUUGCCUACUUGAAUGGUCAACUUAAAUAUAAACAAGAUGGAGAGCAAGGCUCUGAAAGUUGUCUACUUUUCCAUUGUCAAAACGAGUCAUGCUUUGUUUUAUUUUAUUUUUAAAUACAUUUUUAAAUCAUAUUUUGGUCAUCUGUUUGAGAGCCUGUUUUAUCUCUAUAUUUUUGUUGGAGAUCAAGAUGUUUUCAUUAGGACAAAUGCACUGCAGUGCUUUUCUAUCUGCUGCAGCAUUCAAUGUUGCACAUUUCUGUAGACUUCAGGAAGAACAUGCUUUUAUAUAUAAACAUCAAAUAAUUUGCAAAAGGCAGAGUUCCAGGUUUGUGAUGUCCACCAUGAGAGAUUCUUAUUGAAGUUGAGCCAGUGACUGUGUGUACCGGUGAAAAAAAAAUAUAAAAAAAUAGCGGGGGUGGGGGGGGUUCUGGGGACCUCCCUGGAAAACAAAAUAUGUAUCCUCUGCUUGAAACAAUUACGGGAUGUGAAGUCUGAUUCUGUCCUCAACUUGUUGACCUGCUCUGAGGAUGUUGGACACCACUGUUGCACCUUCAGCCAUGACUUUUUUUCAUGUCAGUCGAUGGGCUGACUGACCUUAAGGCGCAGAAGGUGUUUUAAGGUAUAGGAGGAGGUCUGGUGCAGUGGGGUGUUCCAGGUCCGCAACACUUGAGGAGAAAACGUCUUAAUCAUGAUGGUAAGGUCCUCUGUUUGCCAUACUAGAGAGACACACUCUGUUUCCGUCCUCAACUUGCGGACCUGCCCUGAGGAUGUUAUACACCACUGUUGCGCCUUCAGUCAUGUUGAUUUCCGACUGGUUGUCUUUGGACUACAUGCCAUGGGCUGACUGACCUGAACCUUUACCAGGACAGAAAUACAAUGUUCAUCACUUUCCUCAUAUUGGACUACUCUGAUUAGUUAUGAGGUCACAGGAAAUAGACUCAUUACUCAUAAAUCAUUGCAGCUCACUUGACUGCAUCUGACUGUGGAUAGCAGAGCUCUCUGGUGUUUCACCAUUUGAAAUUAAACAACAAAAAUGUAAAUGACCAUUGUUUUACACUUCCGACAUAUCGCAGCAGUAAGAGUAGUAUUCUACCCGACUCAUAUAAACAACAUCCUUGAGUGUUUCGUUGAUUAAUGUAUCUUUAUAAAAUUGUAUUCCUUUUUUCCUGUAAAAAACCUGUAGACAUGCAUGAUCCUGUAAAUAUUUACAAGGAACAUAAAUCUCACUACUUGGUAUUUUUAUAUGGGGAUUGUGAAAAAUAUAUUUAAUGUAGUUUUGUAUGGUAAUUGUAAAUCAAAUUUGUUUUCAUUGGACUAGUCCAUAAGAUUUUUGUUAGGAUUUGUUUGUCUUCACCAACUGUUCUUAAUUAUGCAACCUUUUUUGUCCAAUUAUCUCCACGUAAUACAGCCAGCUUUUCCAUUCUUGGU